AUGGCUGCCUUCUGGCUUUACCUGGGAUACUGGGAUCUGUUUGCGUUCUUGGUGGGCCUUUUGCUAGCAGAAAGACGAAUUAUGUCUGAAAUGGCGGAAGGGGAUGGCGAACUGUGCCUUCCGGCCGAGUCCACGAAGCCACCAAGAACGAUCAUUCGAGCAUGGAAAAAUAUCACCAAGUCGACAAUCUUUGACCUAAUUCGAACAUCCGCUUUUCUUCUGUUAGGACUCUAUUUCAUCUGCAUUGACGCUUAUAGCGUAUUGCCUCCAGGGUAUCAGUUCUUGCAAUCUAUUCAAUCACCUUACUGGCACGACACUCUCACUGCAAAUGAGUGCUGGGAGACAAUUGGUGCUGUUCUUGUUAUUUUCGCGAUUAGCCAAUCAAAUUACUUACAAUACCCACUGAAUUCACGGCCAAUUCAGUACCUUGGCAAAAUUUCCUUCUCACUUUACCUAGUACAUCCGAGUGUGUACUUCAUGCUACUACAACCGAUUCGAGAUCUUGUGUGGUUUCUGAUCUCGCAGAAACCAUAUCCCGGUACAGUAGAAGCAAUCUACUAUACAUUACCAUUUUGGUCAGCGUGGACUGCUUCUUUCCUGAUUACAGCUGGUGUCAUUAUUGUCAUUGCGCACUUUUUCACUCGAUUUAUUGAUGAGAAGUCUGUGAUCAUCGCGAGAAGCAUAGAAAAGAAAAUUUCCGUGCUUUAA